AUGCUCGACAUCGCCUCUCAGAUGGUACUGAAAUGGGCCCGCUUUGGCCCUACGAAUCCCAUCAACGUCGUUCAGGAUUUCACUCGCCUGACUAUUGACACCAUCGCCCUCUGUGCCAUGGACACUCGAUUCAACUCAUUCUACAUGAAUGAAGUUCCGCCCUAUGUCGAGGCUAUGGUGGGCUUGCUCAGGGAGUGCCAGCAACGAACAUAUCGACCAUGGUGGUACACUGCCCUCUGGCGGGAGGCAAACCAAAAGUACGAGGAGAACAAAAGGCAUGUCCAUCAAAUUGCUGCUGAUGUCAUUGCUCGUCGCCGGGCCAAUCCGUCCUCCGACAAGAAAGACCUCGUCGAUGCUAUGCUCAACGGUAGCGACCCUAAGACGGGGAAGAAGCUCACAGAUGAGACCAUUAUUGACAACAUGAUCACUUUCUUGAUUGCCGGACACGAGACAACAUCGGGGUUGCUGUCAUUCCUGUUCGCUCUGCUCGUCCAAAACCCAGAAGCAUACAUGAAGCUUCAGAAUGAGGUCGAUAUCGUGCUCGGUGCAGAACCCAUAACAGCGGACAAGCUCAAAGACCUACUUUACACGAAGGCAUGCUUGUGGGAGACGUUGAGGCUUCAGCCCCCAUCUGGAGUCUGGACCGUGACGUGUAUGGAGUCAGACCCCUCGGUACCAGUAGUGCUGGCCAACAAAUGGGAGGUCAGAAGCGGGCAGACUAUGAUAAUCGUCAACCCGAAGCUACAUCGAGACCCGCACGUAUGGGGCGACGAUGCUGAAGAAUUCAGGCCCGAAAGGAUGCUGGGAGAGAACUUUACCAAACUGCCCAAGAAUGCCUUGAAGCCAUUCGGAAACGGACAACGAGCAUGCAUUGGGAGAGCGUUUGCCAUGCAAGAAGCCACUCUGGCGUCGGCGCUACUAUUCCAGAAGUUCGACUUCAAGCUGGUGGAUCCCGGCUUCAAGCUCUCCGUUCAGCAGAACCUGGCUCUCAAGCCCCAUGAGUACUUCAUGUACGCCAAGCUUCGUCCACAAAUCGACAUCAUGUCUUUACAGCGGGACCUCUUCAGCGCUGGCUGA